AUGUGCAGUCCGUACCUCUUCAAUGCAACAGAUAGGAGCAGCUCGGGGCACACCAAACUGCGCCCAAAGCAGCUGUUGACACCGCCAACAACUAAGGGGCAGCAGGAGCUCCAGAGAUCAGACCAGUCUAUGGACCAGACGAAGCUAAAUAUAGCACUGGUGUUGCUACAGGAUUCUCUGGCAGCAGAGAUCGAGGGAACGAUGAGGAAGGAGUUGAGUAUGGAUGACCCCGAGUGCGAGGAACAGAAAGUCCACCGGAGGCGUGUGUUUGAGACGGUGAAGAACGUGAACCAGACGGUCCGUCAGCGCUCUCUGACUCCGACCAGCAACAUCCCGGGGUCCAACCAGUCUCUGUCGGCCCGCACGUCUCCACAGUCCAGCGGCCUCUCCACGCCGUACAGCAGCAUGUACGGUGGAGACGUCAGCGGAGACAGCGUCGCCCUCGACAACCGAACGCAGAGCAUCCUGAUGGAGAAGGCAGCCAAUCAGGACAGCAGCUCAGAGGGUCGAGAGAAGAAGGCAGCGGGAGCGGAGGACCUUCGUCUCGCCCUGCGCCGCCUUUCUCUUCGUCGACAAAACAACCUGAGCGAGAGGCGCUUCUUUGAAGAGGAGAGGGUUCGGAAACGAGGAGGAAACGAAGGUCUACACGACGCCAUGGGCCAGGAGAGUGGGAUGACCCCCUCGGAAAGCAUCAUGUCCCUCGGGAACCUCCACCUUUGGACCACUCGGGGGCCCUACCUCCCCGACAAACUCCAGAUCGUCAAACCGCUCGAAGGUGAGGGAGAGAGGGAGAAUCAGCCGAGAUGCAAAGCGGGGAGGAAGCGGGAAGGAGACAAACAGAAAGUGAUCGGGACAAAGAAAGGCAGCAAGAGAAGUUUGGGGACGGAAGGGGAGAGGGAGAGAGGAUGGGGGUGGGUCAGGAAGACCAGAGCUGGGAUAGAGAGGGACAGAGGGAGGAGGUGGGCUAAAGACCGAGCCGGCAGCAGGAAGGGGAAGGCAGCGAAGGAGAGGCCUCUGCCGCUCAUGCUCUUCAACUCUUUCUGGUCUCUGAUGCACCGUCACAAGUCCGGCAGCUUCGCGUCUCCACACAGUUACUACAAAGACACGCAGCCCAGGGGGUGGCUGUAG